AUGACUGAAGAGCAGGGCAAGCAACGAUUUGCGUAUACGGCACCAAAACAAAUUUUAGAAGAAGCUGCACAAAUUGGUGAAGACAAUUAAACAAGAAAGUAAAAUUUAGACAAAGUUGAAGAAAAGUUCAAGUACAAGCAAAAGAACCGCUAGUUGAGUCCAGAAAGAAAAGAUGUUUUCAAUGAUUAAGGAGGUGAGAAUGGGAGAACAUAUGCAGAAAUCAUGAUCUAAUAGGACUUGGAGAAUUCCAGAUCUGAAAUUGAAAAUAAAAUCAAAAAGACCGAGACAUUAAAUAAGGAGGAAAAAAAAUUAGUCAAAUAAUAAGUGAAGGUGGAAUAAAAUGUUGCUUAAUAAAUUAAAUAGGAAAGAUCAGAAUGGGAAUAAGAAAGCAAAGACGUUUCUAAAAAGCCUUAAAAAUGGGAAACCCCAUCCAGAGAUGGUCCAUAAUCGUCAGCAAGAGCAUCCAGAUGGGAUAACACAAAUAAAUUAUAAGCUACUCCAGGUAGAGCAGGAACAGUAUUCGGAGAAACACCAACACCAGGACAUAUGGAAAUCGGAGAUACCCCAUAUAAAUAUGGAGAAACUCCUACUCCAAAUCGUUCGUACAUAAAAGCCAGAUGGGGAGAAAGAACACCAUUGGCUGGUCAAUCCGGAUUUGGAGGAGGCAUGACACCUCAUACACCAGGAACUGUAAAUAGGACACCCAUGACUCCUGGAUAAUUGGGAAACAUGACUCCUGAUAGAGUAUACUAGUUUAGAUUGGAAAAAGAAAUGGAAGAGAGAAAUAAAUAUAUGACAGAUGAGGAAUUAACCAGCAUUUUACCUGGUCCAAAGGAUGGUUAUGAAAUAUUAAAAGCACCUGAGAAUUAUAAACCAUUGAAAUCAUCAUUAAAGAAAUUACUUAAUGCAAAAAAUAGUAUUGAAUCACCAGUGCAAUAUUAAAUACCAGAAUCUAUUCGUAUUGAAGUUUCAGCUACUCCCUCUCAUCCUACUAUAGGUCAAUUACCAGCAAUUAAGCCAGAAGAGUAUAAUUUAUUCUCAGCUUUGUUACAACCAAUCAAUGAGGAUGAAUUAACUCCAGAAUAGGCAAAAGAAAGAAAGAUUAUGGCCUUGCUUUUGAAAAUAAAGAACGGAACUCCUUAAAUGAGAAAGUCAGCUUUAAGAUAAAUUACUUAAAGUGCCAGGGAAUUUGGACCUGCUCCAUUAUUCAAUUAGAUCUUACCAUUGUUAAUGUCUCCAACUUUAGAGGAUCAAGAGAGACAUCUAUUGGUGAAAGUAAUUGACAGAGUCCUAUUUAAAUUGGAUGAUUUGGUUAGGCCAUAUGUACAUAAGAUAUUAGUUGUUAUCUAACCACUGUUAAUUCAUGAAGAUUACUAUGCUAGAGUUGAAGCUAGAGAGAUCAUUUCCAAUUUAGCUAAGGCAGCUGGUUUGGCAACUAUGAUUACUACCAUGAGACCUGAUAUUGAUCAUAAUGAUGAUUAUGUUCGUAAUACUACUGCUAGAGCAUUUGCUAUUGUGGCUUCGGCUUUGGGUAUUCCAGCAUUGUUGCCAUUUUUAAAGGCUGUCUGUUAGAGUAGAAAGAGUUGGUAGGCAAGACAUACUGGUAUUAAAAUAGUUCAAUAAAUCAGUAUCUUUAUGGGAUGUGCUAUUCUGCCUCAUCUGAAAUCACUAGUUGAAAUUAUACAACAUGGAUUGAAAGAUGAAUAAUAAAAAGUAAAAACUAUUACAGCUUUAGCAUUAGCUGCUUUGGCGGAAGCUCCUUUCCAUAUGGUAUUGAAGCAUUUGAUAAUGUGCUUAUUCCUUUGUGGGAAGGCAUCAAAACUCAUAAGGGUAAAGGAUUAGCAGCAUUUUUAAAAGCGAUUGGAUUCAUCAUUCCAUUAAUGGAUGUAGAACAUGCAACAGAGUAUGUUAAAGCAAUCGUUCCUAUAUUGA